UUUCCGCCGCCCCACGCUGCAGUUCCUAGCUGUCACCGGCCAACUAAUCUCGUUGAACCGGAGUCCCAAUGAAGGUGAGCGUGGCUCCGUGUUGUUCUGUGUUUACCUGAAACACCUGUACCCCUGUGUUGGUGACACACACAUUCACGUCCGCCCUCGAGCCGCGAGAGGACGAAAACCAACCGCUACAAGGAUGAAGGGGCUCCCGCUGCUGUCCCUGCUCCUGUGGAUGUGCGCGGUCUACUUCGUGGGGAUCUACCUGUUCGUGGGCGGGUUCCUGCUGGUGAGGCUGGAGGUGAACAGGACCAGCACCUGCAGAGACGCGCUGCAGCCCGGGGAAGAGCCGGGGGACUUCUGCCGAGGUCGGCCACGUUUCCGCCGGGCUGUCCUGCUCAUAAUCGAUGCCCUGAAGAUGGACUUUGCACGUUUUGACCCCAACAACACGACCCCCCGGCCCUACGAGAACAAGCUGCCCGUCCUGGAGGAGACGGUGUCGGCCAAGCCUUCCCACAGCCGCCUGUACCCCUUCAGAGCCGACCCCCCUACGACCACCAUGCAGAGAAUCAAGGGCUUCACCACCGGCUCCCUGCCCACGUUUGUGGAUGUGGGUAAUAACUUUGCAUCCAGUGCCAUCCUGGAGGACAACCUGAUCCACCAGCUGGGCCAAGUAGGAAAACGGGUGGUAUUCAUGGGUGAUGAUACAUGGGAGAACCUUUUCCCUAAGAAGUUCUACCGCUCUCUGCCUUUCCCUUCGUUCAAUGUGAAGGAUCUGCACACCGUGGAUAACGGCAUCCUCCAGCACCUCUACACAACCAUGGUGGGUGACGAAUGGGACGUCCUCGUCGCCCAUUUCCUCGGAGUGGACCACUGCGGUCACAGGUUUGGUCCCGAUCACCCGGCCAUGGCUGACAAGCUCACCCAGAUGGACGGAGUCAUAAGGUCUGUCAUUAACCGUCUGCAAAACGACACUCUGUUGGUGGUGAUGGGUGACCACGGAAUGACCGACACUGGAGAUCACGGUGGAGAAAGUCAGAAGGAGACUGACGCUGCCAUCUUUAUCUACAGUCCCUCCCCCAUGUUUCCCGGACCUCCAUCCCAGGGUGAACCAGAUGUGGUACCCCAGACUGACUUGGUUCCCACCCUGGCCCUCCUGCUGGGGACCCCCAUCCCCUACAGCAGCGUCGGGCAGGUUCUCCUGCCCUUAUUCCCUCCUCAUGGGCAGAAACAGGCUGCAGCUGGAAGUCUCAGCCAGCAGGAGGCGCUGUGGAUCAAUGCAAAACAGGUCAACCGUUUUCUGGAGACGUACUCCAGCAUGGCCAAAGACAUCCCACCGGAAAGCCUGGCUCAACUGAAGGAUCAGUUUUCCCGUGUCUCGUCAGAAUACCUCAGCACAGUUGCAGAAGGCAGGUCCCCCUCCUCGGAGCUGACCGCCUCCCUCCGGGCCUACCUCACCUCCGUCAGAGACACCUGUCGUGUCACGUGGGCCCGAUUCAACCCCUUCAAGAUGGCAGCGGGUUUAUGCAUCUUGAUGUUCGCCUGCCUGAUGUGUUUCUUCCUGUCUGAGCUGUCACUAGUUCUCCUCAGGGAGAGUGGCAUGGCACCCGUUGUGGUGGCGCUAGCGGCGGGGGUUUUCACAGCUGGGGGUCAGCUACUCGCGCAGGGCUACGUGGAGGUGGCAUGGUGCCUGGCUUCUGCUGCUCUCAGCACCGAAGUCCUCUUCCUCUGGAAAGCACAUCGAUCCAGGACUGCUGUAGCAAAGAACGGAUCAAACGCUCCCAAGUGGGCUAGCCUGUUGACACCAAGCUAUCUGCUCACCCCCCCUCUCCUGGUGCCACUCCUCCGCUGCGCCUCCCUUCUCUCAGACAGCUAUGUAAUAGCCGAGGGCAGGGUAGUGACCUUUCUGGUGUUGUCUCUGGCUCUUUACGUUCCCAUCCAUCUUAACUGGGACGGCCUGCUUCUGCCCCCAAGCCACGACCCUCUAAAGGCUGCAGGGCUGCUGCCGUCCUCCGCUCUGUCCCCUUCGGUGGUGAGAAAAGAAAGCAGCACCCUCCUGGCCUGUUUGGGUGUGCUGGUCGGCAGCCUCUACCUCUCGCUGUCCUUCCACGGCUGCCGGGAGGAGCAGGGCUCCUGCCAGCCGUCCCCCUUCCUCUCACCGCUGUCACGCCUGCAGAACAGCCAGAUGAAGAACCUCCACUACAUCCUGUCUGUCUUCUCCCUCGGCCUUUGGACUUCCUUGCUGAGACGCUGCCUCCGUCACUAUGGUAACCUCAACUCCUCAGGUGCGACGGUGUUUGCGGCCCGCUGGAUCCUGCCGCUGCUGUCGGUCUGCCUGGGGCUGCACUGGGCCGUUAGCGCCACCCCAGAGGACAGCUUCAGGAACCUGGCUGAGCUGAUCAGCCUGGCCCAGCUGGCCCUCCCCAGGGCCGCCUUCUGCCUCCUGGGACUGGGGCUGUUCCUGAUCUGGUUAGACCCUCUCACUGUGUUCAUGAAGGCCAGGGCUUCUGCUUCGGCGCGAGGCUCGUCUCUGCCCCCGCCUCGCUACAGAGCCAGCACCGGCAUCAGCCCCCAAGCAGAGCUGCGCCACCUCAUCCCUCAGAUCUACCAGCAAAUGCGGCGCUCCUUGGACGACGGGGAGCUUAGUGGGGGCAAUGAGGUGGACAACAGGCCCGCUGUGGAGGCCUAUGGACUGGGAACCGUCUACUCGGCCCCUUUGCUUCUGUUCUGUGGCCUGCUGGGACUGGGCCUGCUGCUGCUGCACCCAGAGGGCAUGGCUCUGUCCUUCCUCCUGCUGCUGCUGGAAAUGGGAGCGCUGUUGCACAUUCACGCCUCCUCCACUAACCUCAGCAGUCUACAUGGAGCACCCCCCGGUGGCUUUAAUGUCCCCUGGACUCCGGUAGUUCUGUGGUCGCUCGCUGCCACCCAGUUUUUUCACGCUACCGGCCACCUGCCCACCUUUCCCUCCAUCCAAUGGGGCGCUGCCUUUGUGGGAUUCCCUGACGGACAUACAGGCACCAUACUACCCGCCUCACUGGUCACACUCAACACUUUUGCUUCCCAGAUCCUAUUUGCAGUGGCCUGCCCGUUGCUGCUGUUCUGGCCUCUGGUGUGUGAAGUACGAGGCAGCAGAUCAGGAAGAGCCUGCGGGGACGAAGGAGAGGAUGCCGUGAUGGAAAUAAGACUGAGGGAAAGUCCACAGCAGUUCAGCUCUGCUCUUCUGCAACUCUCAGCACGCUACCUCUUUAUUCAGGGAGCACAGGUCUUUGCCUCAGUCUGUGCAGCUGCUAUCCUCAGGAGACACCUAAUGGUGUGGAAGGUUUUCGCACCCAAGUUGAUGUUUGAGGCCUCAGCGUUCCUGGUGAGCAGCGUAUCUCUGCUGAUCGGCGUCACGUUAGUGCUGAGAGUAGACGUGGCUGUCAGCCGCUGGUUUAAGAGACUCGUCCCAGACGCGUCCAGGUAACGACAGCCUCGCUGACGCUUUAACCAGCAGAGCCCACUGUGCCACAAAUGAAACGGGACACUGGAGAGGUUAAAUAAGGCCUUUCCUCGGAAACAUGUACGGAUCUCCUUAAACAUGUCACAGGAGGUUGCCUCUUACUGUAACUCCACAGAGGGUUAAGUUAUGAAACUCAACACUAAGGCCUGCCUCCGUUACAGCCAGAUGGACUGAGUUCUUCAGUGACCCGUUCUGUAACGGUUGACAUUUUCUGAUACAGUGUUGCUUUAGACAGUAAGGUUUUAAAUAAACCUCACAGCUGCUGAGGCCUUGGAGGUCCAGAGGUAAGUGAUCAUUUGAGGACUACAGCUCUGAAUGUUUCCCUUAAAUUCUUGCUUUCUCAACUAUGGAAGAAACCUUUUGAGCCAGACAGUCAGUAGGUUCACUGCAUGCGUUACGUAAAUGUUUUAAGAAGAAGAUGAAGAAAUGGCCUUAAUGUUGGGCUGGGCUGUGGACGAUCGUAUAGAACCGAAGUUGUGCCCCAUGGGACCUUAUUGCAAAAAAAAGGAAAAAAAUUAUUACAUGGUGAGAGGUAAUUAACUUUUGAUCCCACUUGGAUUAUGCAUCAUUUACACGUGAUUUUUGUCAAUGUAAAAACAAAACACUUUUACAAUAUAAACAAGUCGCAGUUUGGUGUAAAUCCGUUGAAGUAUCAGACUGUGCAAACUACACAUCGGGAAGUCAUGGAGAUGACUUCAUAACUGUCUGAGGAUGUCUCUGCAGCUUCAACAUCUUAAGGACUGUACUGAUUUUGACCUCGUUUAAUACUUUUCAACUUCUCUCUAAAUGAUUAAGGUAAAACAUGCCAAGGCGACAGUCAUUUUGGUGUUGAUGAUGUUUAUCAUGUAACAAAAGAUGCCGUCCAUUGAGCCGUUCAACACAAACUAGACAUUUUUUUACUAUCUUUUCCAUAAACUGUGACUUUCUUGACUUGUAAAAUUAUCUUUUAAACGAACAAACAUGUACAUGAUGCAACUCAAAGAGGAUCAUAAAAUUAUUUCUCUCACCAUUGACUUCCAUUCAUCUUAAGUCCCACGGGGCACAGCAGAAAGGCUCUGAAUUAAAGAUAGUGAUAUUAUCCUCAAAAUGGAUAUAAAAUCAGACAGCACUGUUUAUAUUAUGUAGUUUGAUGUUUUUUACACAAAGCUAACAGUUUUUAAUUUGCCUCCCCACACUUUCACUAUGAACUCUAACAUAAAAGAUCUCAUAGCAUGUCCAAGUAUCUGUAAAACCAGAAUUACAAUAAUCUGAUCUCAGCCAUUCCCUGUGCUGAACUUUUACAUUGAACUUUUACCACUGGAUCCUCUGUGUCAGGAAAAAAUUUUAGAGAAACUACUGGAGGUUAGAGUGAACUAAAGGACUUUAUGCAUCUAAAGAACUGCUACAAAACACUGAUAUUAUACUGAUACUUGGAUCAUUUAAAAUGAAUAUUAGUGGUGUAAAAAAAUUUUCAGAGAGCACUGUUUAUUUAUUUCACGUGUAUGGUUCAAUGAUUUACCUAAAAAGCACACUGCAGUCGUCAAUAUCCGUUUUCUCCUUUCAUGUACGUGUUUUGCCGCUGCAUAUUUUGGUUUUUUUGUGUAUCUUUGACGUACAACUGAACAUCUACACCACUUCAUAAAACACCAAACUACACAGCAUGGAUUGGUCUGAAACUAGAGGACUGAACGCCCAGCCCUACGUUAACGCUAACAAACCAUGUUAACAUCACCAGUCUGAAUGUGCAUCUAAAAAAAACAAACGGUAAUAUUUAGAUGGAGAAAAACUGCCAUUUGACUUCACACUCUGCCAUUUGAACUGACGGUCGCUGAGUAGGUAAUUGCUCGCUGUUUUCCUCAACGUCACUAUCACAGGAAAAUCAAUGGCGUGUGCGACGUGCUGCAGAAACUAAUUCUGUAACUUGUCACUUAAGAGCAUUCGACCUCCUUAAGUCAAUCUCACCACAAAUAAAACAUGUAAUGAAACGAGCUCCGGUAAACUUGUGAGCCAAAUCCAAACUCCGAAACACCAUCCAAGUGCUUUCACGUGAGCGUCUGCUGGAGGAACGUCUGUUUGUUUUGUACGUUUUCUAUUAUUAAGCUGUUUUUACCAGUUGGUCUGGUUACUGCCAAUCCUGACGCUGUAACACCACUGUGCAGUCGACACCCUUUCCUAGACUUUUCUUUUUUUCUUCUCUUGAUGGUUUGACUUGUUAAUCCAAUGCCUAUUUAUAAUUGAAGUUUUUUAAUCAUGGAUGAUACUUUUCCUAAUGAAACCAUUGUCGUAAUUUAGACUUGGUACUUUUUUUUUUUUUUUUCCUGGAAUAGGUGCCUAGCUUUAACAAAUGCCUUUUUUUUCUUUUUUGUACAAUGUGAUUAUUUUUUUUUUUUUCACUGGGUCGUCAUACAUCAACGAGAAACGCUGUCGGUUAAUUUAUUUCUGCGGGACGUCCGCAUCGUCGCUCUCUGCACUGCAAGUCAAGCUUAUUAGCUAAUGCACGAUAUCGAAGGGAUGCAGAGCUCAGGUCGAUUUAGUCUCAGUGCAGUUGUAUGCAUUCCUUAUGGUGUGUGGACGGGAUGGGAAGUGCAGAGUGACUCAUGUAAAGGGACGGUUCGGGUGAUGACGGGGCACAUUUUUCUGUAUUAAAAUGUUUAAUAUAUUAAAUAACUAAUUAACUAAAAUGAUUUUUCAUCUGUGGAAAAAAUGUAAUAAAACUUUUGUACGUGA